AUAAAAUGAAAGGCAUUAUUUGAAAUUUCAGGUCAGAAGUUGGUACAAUAUUCAGCCUGAGCUGGCUGAUUACAUGGUACGGACAUGUACUUCCACAUUUACGAGAUAUUGUACGAUGUUAUGAUUUCUUCAUUGCCUGUCACCCUCUAAUGCCCAUAUAUUUGGCAGCUGCAAUUGUACUGUACAGGCAGAAAGAGAUCUUGGAAAUUGAAUGUGAUAUGUGUAUAUUACAUGGACUUUUAUCAAAAAUUCCUGAUGAUUUGCCAUAUGAACAGUUGAUUGUACGUGCUGGAGAGCUCUACCAGAAAUAUUCACCAGAUGAAUUGGCACAUGAAGCUAUUCUUAACUUUAAGCGAUCCCAGGAAUUGGCAAAAGCAAGAAUUCAGAAUCGUCAAAGACCAGUUCAGAAAAAAGUAGUGAAACGGAAACGUUGGAUAUCAUUAUUCUAUCUAGAUGGCUCGAGUAUUUAUCUAAAAUUAACUUUCUGGACAUUGACAGCAGUGUUUAGUGCAGCUUUGAUUGCGUAUUUUAAAUCUUCCAAUUGGGAAAAAGGAUGGUGGACCUAGUUAUGUCACCCACCACACAGUGGUGUGUGAGACAUAUUGAUUUACACCUGUCUGUGUGUUUGUCUGUCAUCUGUGUGUCUGUCACAAAUCUUGUCCACACUGUAAGUCAAACAGUUCUCAUCUGAUCUUCACCAAAUUGAACAAAAUGCGUUUGCUAAGAAGUCCUCGCCCAAGUUCGAUAACUAGCCAAAUCGGCUCUGGCAAUUUGGAAUUGUGGCCCUUGAAUUACUGAUCUGUACCACUCAUCUGAAUCACUUUGAAUCACUAAACCAAAACUGAACCGAACCACUUAUCCGAAACACUUUGAAUCACUAAACCAAAAGUUACUGAACCGAGUGACCCUUUAAAUUACUGAAACAAAACUUACUCCUGAAGUGUACUUUUCUGAACCAAAACUUACUCCAGAAGUGUACUUUUUUUUACAAUUUAGAUGGUUAGGCAGUUGUGGGAGACAUGCGCUUUUCUCAAAAGCAGCUCUAGUUAUACUUUUGUUUUAUUAUCGAUGAUGAGUAAGCUUGAACCAUAGAUAUCUGGAGUCUGUCUGGCUGAUGUCAUAUUGGCAUUAUUUAAUAUGAUAAGAAAAUGUCAGUGCUGAAUAAAUAAAGAUGUCUCAGUGAUAUAUGACUAUUAGCUAUUAAAUGUGAACACUUGGA